GCCAAACAUAAACAAGGAAAUUUGCGGGAAAAUGGCACCAUCUCCGGCAGUAGAUAAUGAUAAAACAAACGACGAUCAAGACACUGGGAUUAGAUCUCGAUCUAAAAGACAGAAGUUUGACAAAUCGGGAAGACUAGCGGCUUUUGAGAGAUUAAAGAAGACGAAGGAGAGAGGAGAGAAGAAUAAAUACAUAGUUGAAGAGGAAAAGGAUGUUUAUGAACUUGUUGAUGAAGCGAAAUAUUCGGAAUUGGUUCGGCAGCGACAGGAGGAUGAUUGGAUUGUUGAUGACGAUGGGUCUGGGUACGUAGAGGACGGCCGAGAAAUUUUCGAUGAUGACAUUCACGGAGAAGAAACCAGUAAAACUGAAGCCAAGGGGAAGGCAGGUGGUGAGAGAAAGAAGAACCGAAACAUUGUGCGUCCUGGUUCCAAACCGAAGCAGGACAUCAAAUCCAUGUUCGCUGCUGCAUCUUUCGGUACAAAGAAGAAACCUGAGAAAGACGUCAGUUUGGCUGAUGACGACAUUUUGGGCGACCUCAUGCAGGAGCUACGACAAGGACCGACAGUAAAACCUCUGCCAACAAAGAUGAACAAAACAAAAUCAAACAGAUCGGCAUACAACCCGUUCAGUGUGAAGCCAAUAGCUCCGCCCGUUCUUAAAGAGAAAACAAUAAAGCGAGAACUGGACUACGCUACUGAACAUCCAACCAAGAAGACGACUUUCACAAAGAUUCAUAUGCCAAAACCAGUUCCGGUUAAGAUGGAACCGUUUUCGGUAGACGACCAAAUGAAUGAUGAUGCGGUCAGUGCUGAGGUGGAUGACAUCAUGGACGUCACUGAUCAGCAGAAUGGACAUCCCAGUGGUCAAGGUGACGUCGCGAUGGACUUGAACGACAUUGACUUCGAUGACGACGAUGUCCAGGACAGUAAACCUGAGACUGACAACAACAAACCUUCUGUUGUUAAGACAAAACCGCAGCCCGUAGUCAAAGAGGAGUUUGUGUCUGCCGGCUGGGACAACAUGGAGAAGGAAUCGGUGCCGACGGUUGACGAUGUGCAUGUAGACACGACCCAGUUGCCGUUGACAGCCAACAACGAUGGAGAACAGGUCCUGCGAUUCUACUGGCUGGACGCGUAUGAAGAUUAUUACAAACAUCCGGGUAUUGUCUACCUAUUUGGAAAGGUGUGGAUAGACUCGGCCAAGACGUUCGUCAGUUGCUGUGUGACGGUGCGAAAUAUUGAGCGGCGGGUUUACCUUUUACCCAGACCCACACGUAUGAACAUGAAGACAGGGGAGGACACUGGUGAAAGUAUCACCAUGAUGGACACUUAUGAAGAAUUCAACGAGAGAGUAACGGAGAAAUACAGAAUUAUGAAGUUCAAGUCAAUGAAAGUGACGAAACAAUAUGCAUUUGAGAAGACUGAUGUGCCGGUUGAGUCAGACUACCUGGAAGUGCGAUACUCCGCUGACUUGCCUCCCCUUCCUGCAGACUUGAAAGGCGAGACCUUCAGUCAUGUUUUCGGUGCUAACACUUCAAGUCUCGAGAUUCUACUUCUGGAUAGAAAAAUGAAGGGACCUGGCUGGCUCGACCUAAAAUGUCCUCAAAUCACAAAUCCACCUAUUAGCUGGUGCAAGGUAGAGGCGUUUAUAACAAAACCUGAAAAUGUGUCGGUGGUCCGAGAUUCAAACUUAACUCCGCCCCCGCUGGUUGUCAUGACGCUCAAUCUACGGACACUACCCAACCCAAAGACUCACCAGAAUGAGAUCAUUGCUGCAUCGUGUCUGAUUCAGAAUAAUUUCCAGAUGGAUAAACCCGCCCCAAGUCAACUUUUCCAGCAGCACUUUUGUGCAAUAACAAAGCCGAACGAUUGCAUCUUUCCGUUUGACUUGCGAGAACGUGUACAACAAGAGAGUCACAAGAUGAAAACUGAAAUAUCGUCUACAGAGCGAGGUCUACUCGGUUUUCUGCUCGCAAAGAUACACAAAGUAGACCCUGACCUACUACUGGGUCACGACAUCUAUGGUUUUGAUCUUGACGUCUUGCUGCAUCGUAUCAAUGCCAACAAGAUACCGCACUGGUCGAAAAUCGGACGUCUCAAGCGAUCUGUAAUGCCAAGACUGUCGGGCUCUGGUGGAAAGGGCGGCUUUGCUGAGAAGACAGCAACCUGUGGACGAUUGUUGUGCGAUGUGAAAAUUUCGGCUAAGGAACUCCUACGUUGCCGUAGUUACGAUCUCACGGAACUGUCCCAUCAGAUUCUCAAGUGUAACAGGAAGGAGAUUGAUUACGAAGAGAUCAAGAACAUGUACAGCUCAUCAAAGCAGCUGCUUGGAUUGAUCGAGACGACACUCAUGGAUUCCACCUACAUCCUGCGCAUCCUGUACGAACUGAACAUCAUCCCCCUGGCACACCAGAUAACCACCAUUUGUGGAAAUGUCAUGUCGAGGACUUUAAUGGGUGGAAGAUCGGAAAGAAAUGAGUUGCUGUUGUUACAUGCAUUCUUCGAGAAAAACUUUGUCCUGCCUGAUAAGGACUACAAGAAAAAGACUGUUGUGAAUACUGAUGUAGCCGAGGAUGAUGACCACGACUCGAGUAAACCGAGGAAAAACCAGGGUCGCAGAAAACCCGCUUACGCUGGCGGUCUCGUUCUCGAACCAAAGAAAGGGUUCUAUGACAAGUUCAUCCUGCUUUUGGACUUCAAUAGUUUAUAUCCAUCGAUCAUCCAGGAAUACAACAUAUGCUUCACAACCAUCAACAGGACCGCAGCAAAUAAAUCAGGCAAUAAUGAUGAGGAUGAUCCGAUCAUCGAGUUGCCUGACCCAGAUUUGGAACCCGGAAUUCUGCCGACUGAGAUCCGUAAAUUAGUGGAGAGUCGUAAACAGGUGAAACAGCUGAUGAAGCAACCGGACGUCACACCGGAACAGUACAUGCAGUAUGACAUUCGACAGAAGGCUCUCAAACUGACGGCUAACAGUAUGUACGGGUGUCUCGGCUUUACUUUCUCGAGGUUUUACGCGAAACCCCUCGCAGCUCUCAUUACCAGCAAGGGACGAGAGAUUCUCAUGAAGACAAAAGAUCUGGUAGAAUCGAUGAAUUUGGAAGUGAUUUACGGUGACACAGACUCCAUUAUGAUCAACACCAAUUGUACGGACAUCGACCAAGUGAUGAAAUUAGGAAACAAGAUCAAACAGGAGGUGAACAAGCUGUUCCGGCUGUUGGAGAUUGACAUCGACGGCGUCUUCAAGUCGAUGCUGCUGCUGAAGAAGAAGAAGUACGCAGCGCUCAGCAUGACGCGGUCGGCCGACGGCAAAUACACGACCACGCAGGAACUCAAGGGCCUGGACAUCGUGCGGCGCGACUGGUCAGAUCUAGCCAAGGACGCUGGAAACUUCGUGGUUAGUCAGAUACUGUCUGGGGAGUCAGCGGAGGUCAUUCUGGAGAAUAUACAUUCCAAGUUGCAGGAAGUUGGGGUCAAGGUCAUGAACAAUGAACUUCCUGUUGACCUCUACUACAUCACUAAGCAACUGACGAAGAACCCAGAGGAUUACCCCGACAAGAAGAGUUUGCCUCAUGUCCAGGUGGCGCUGCGACUCAACAGCAAGGGAGGCAAGCGACUCCGCAGUGGGGACACCGUCUCUUACAUCAUCUGUCAGGAUGGAUCCUCCUUGGCUGCAUCUCAGCGAGCGUAUCACCCUGACGAACUUGCGAAGAGCGACAAUCUUAAGAUAGACACGAAGUACUACCUGGCUCACCAGGUCCACCCGGUCGUGUGUCGACUGUGUGACCCCAUCGAGGGCACGGACGCUGCUAGACUCGCAGAAUGUCUAGGGUUAGACCCGUCUGGCUACCGCCACGUGGCCGCUGGUGACGAUGACGCAGAGGAUGCCCUGCUGGGGGUUCAACUCUCGGAGGAGGAACGCUACAAGGACUGCGACAGAUUCAAGUUCCGGUGUCCCGGCGCGCAGUGCGGACGUGAAAUCAUCUUAGACAGCGUGUUUACCGGAGCAGACAAGGCACUGGAGUGCUCACUGUCGAAAUGUCCCAAUCCGCAGUGCCGAUGUGUUCCCAGCGAACUCGUGAACCAGAUCGAGAACCAGCUCGUAGCAGUCAUCCGCAAACAUAUCCGCAGAUAUUACGAGGGUUGGUUGAGGUGUGAGGACUCUACGUGUGGCUCUCGUACCAGGAAAACUCCACUGACAUUCUACCGCGGACACCCAAUCUGUUCCGUCUGUCAGAGAGGAUCACUACACCAAGAGUACACGGACUGUGAGUUGUACACUCAGCUGUGUUUCUAUCAGUACGUUUUCGACACGGACAAAGCUCUCGCCUUCCAGUCAAACCAACAUUUUGCUAAAACCAUCCUGGCGGGCUAUGAAGAGGCGUACAGACAGUUAAAGAACACUGUUGGCCGAUGGCUGCGUCGAAGUGCGUAUUCCGAAGUAAACCUCACAAAACUCUUUGAUGGACUCUUUCAGCUGAGAUAAAAACUGAUUUUACAAACACAUACAGACCAGUGUACCUCAUAAAAUCUUUGAUGGAUUCUUUCAGCUGAGAUAAAAACUGAUAUUUCAAACAUGUACAAACCACAGUAGCUCACAAAAUCUUUGAUGGGCUCUUUCAGCUGAGAUAAAAACUGAUAUUUUCAAACAUGUACAGACCACAGUAGCUCACAAAACGUUUUGAUGGACUCUUUCAAUUUCAGGGUUUCUGCCAGAGGGUAAAACGGGUAUGGCGCCAUACCCGAAUGUUUUUACAGAUUUGUUUAUUUUUUUUAAGUUAACUUUUUAACAAAAUUAAUUACUCUUAACAUUACUGUAUGAUUUUCUUAACCCUAACCCUAAGCUUAACCCAUUUUCUUUCUGAUGGGAGGCCCCUCAUACCCCUUGUUAACUGUGGUUGAAUUCAAUUCCAUAGUGCUAUACCCAAAAAUUUCUUUCUGGCAGAAACACUAAGCUGAGAUAAAAAAAAUUUUUUAUCUCAGAAACGUAUACAGACCAGUGUAUCUGGACCACAUACUGAUCCCAAAACACAAUAGUGCUUUAUUCACUGAUCUGUGAGAGAUUGAUAAAACUAUCAAUAGGACUGGAAUGCAUUUUAAAAACAGUCCAUACUAGUAUAGGAUACUGUCAUUGUCUGCAGAUAUUUUUGUAUUCAUUUUUAACAUUUGUUAAUAAAUUGCAUGCUAUUACAAAUUGUGACCCCUACUUUGGAAAAAGGGGUCACAAGCCUGAUGUGACCCCUAAGUAUUUUGGUGCAUGUUGGCCUGAUGUGACCCUUAAUUAUUUUGGUGCAUGUUGGCCUGUUAAAAAACAAAAACAUUAUUUUCAUAUUAUAAAUCAUUGCAUUUUUUCACUUGAAAUUUGUAUAUUUAUUUUGAAUAUAUUUGUGUAAAUAACGAAAUAACUGGUGUAUUAAACGGAUUACAAAAGCU